CUAAAAUCUCUUAUUUUCUAAAGAAAUCACAUGUAACGCCCAUCCGACAAAGCCCUCCCUUUCACGUGGCUCAGGAACUCCUCCUAUAGAUCUCUUAUAUCUAUAUACAUCAAUAUGAAUGUAUUUCAACUUCCUUCUGAUCAUUGUUAUAUUUAGAAUUGAUCAUUUGAUGAAUUGAAUGAAGGUAUUUAAUUUCAUCUCUCACGGUCAAUUUUCCGGCCUUCAUCUCCCCGUACAACUCCAGGCCUAUGAUCUAGCGUCCCGGUGAAUACAAAGGCCUGAUCGGAUGUGAUGAAAGAUACAAUCUUGGAGACAGACAAAAGAACUGUAUAUUCUUGAUCUAGAGAUGGAAGACAGGGGAAGCGGCGGCAAGGUCACCGGAAUCCGACAGAUAGUGAGGCUGAAAGAGAUUCUGAACAAGUGGCAGAGCGUCACUCUGGGUCAGAAGAGACCCAAAAACGGCGAUCACUCCUCUGCUCCGGCGAAUUCCCAACAGCCACCGCCGCCGCCGCCUCCGUACAGUGGGAUAUCUCCUGCGGUAUGCAAGAGGCUGAUGAGCUGCAGCUCCUAUUGCGAUUCGGAUGAAGAAAGUUGCCAGAGCCCUGACCCGCCGUCCGGCGUCCCGAGAGGCUAUUUGGCCGUUUACGUCGGGCCGGAGCUCCGGCGGUUCAUCAUUCCGACUAGCUACCUCAGUGAUCCGCUGUUCAAGGUGUUGCUGGAGAAGGUGGAGGAGGAGUUUGGGUUUGACCACAGUGGUGCUCUGACCAUUCCGUGUGAGACGGAGACCUUCAAGUAUCUGCUGAAAUGCAUGGAGAAUCACGAGAAAGAACAGGGUCCCCAACAGCAGGACGACACUGGUAUGCAAAUUGUUUAAUAGAAAUUGGUCAAUCACUGAAACAUUGAUAAGUUAAAGUGAAAAAUAGGACUAAGCAUAUUCAGGUGAUAUUAUUCAUUGAAUCAUCACCGACUCUGCAAUCAGACCGUGAACUUGAGAACUUGCAAAUACAUUCUCAAUUCAUAGGAAAUUAAGUAAUAAUAGCCCUUUUUAUGAUGACUUUCACAUGAGAAUUUACUGGCAUUAACAUGUUAAAAGGAUUUGAUAGCUUAAUUUUCAAUGAGUUGAAA